CAAAUCCAUCCUAUAAGACUGCUAUAAUACGUUUGCCAUUAUGGAGGACUUUCACAUUGAUGCCGAGCUGCUCUCUUCCUUUAAUGAAGCAAGCGAGGAAGAUCUCCAAUCCCUUGCACAGCUAUACGAGGAUCCUACGAACGACGACCAGAUCGAGCUCUACAUCUACCUUUGCUCUUUGAUGUUCCGAAGAUGGCACAAUAGACAAAACCUUCAGAAGGCGAUCCAGCGAGCUGAGGAAUGGGCCGCGGCGACAGCUGCAAGCCACCCAGAUCACAGUCGGCGAUGUACUAUCUUAACUACAGUACUUUCCUGGGGUCACCAAUCUGGGGCUACCGCGGAAGAUCUUGAAGUCGUACUAGAUGCUACAGGCUUAAAUGAAGAAACCCCACCAACUCGAAUCAACUUGAAUAGUGAAGUAAUAAGACUAGCAAGAAGUUAUCAGCAAACUGGCCGCCUUAAACAUCUAAACAAAGCUAUUGAUAUUAUGGAACUGGCAAUACGUAUAACAGCGAAAUACAUAACACCUACCAUGCUAAAUGAUUUUGGAAGCAUUCUGGUCAUGCGAUUUGCACGGACGGGUUCGCUAAAUGACCUCAAUCAAGCUGUUGAAAUAUUCCGGGAGGUAGUUGUUACUACACAACCGCACAACCACCCAAAUCGCGUCGCCAGUUUAAACUUCCUUGGAAGCUGCCUCAGCGUGCGAUUUGAUCAGACGGGCUCAAUAGAUGACCUUAAUCAAGCUAUUGAAAUUCUCCGCGAGGCAGUUGAUGCUAUGCCACAGAACCACCCGCGUCUCGCUGGCCAUCUAGAUUACCUUGGCACUCAGCUUGGCAGGCGAUUUGAACAAACGAUAAUAAUAGCUGACCUUGAUGAAGCUAUCAGAAUUCUUCGCGAGGCUGUUGAUGCUACGCCACGCAAGCACCCGGACCGCGCUGCCCGUUUACGCAAUCUUGGAGGAUGGCUUAACAAGAGAUAUGAGCAAAUGAGACCAAUAAAUGACCCCAAUCGACCAGUUAGCAUUGUUGCAAAAGGGGGCAUCCACCCAUCAGGCAUGCUGAGAACAACAAACAGGGGGCGGGGGAAUAUGGAAUAUCUUCCAAAUGUUCAGUCGGGAAAUGUUGAUUCCAUGGAAAGCCUCAUCUCUAGAGUUCCCAUGGACGAUGUGGGACUUAGGAGAUACGACUCUGAUGGCUGGGAAGUGGAUUCGGACAAGAGUAACAAGGAGGCCAAUUCCGGAGAGAGAGACUGCAAAGGAAAGUCUAAUCAGCUUGAUGCACUCGGAUCGGAAACUGAAAGCAUCUAUUGGGAUGAAAAUACCGCGGAGAGGGCAUACGCGCCAUUUUCAACUUUCGACUAUGAUCUUCAGAGCAGGAGAGCAAGGCCGUCUACCAUACCCACGUCAUCUCCAGGAACGAAGGGCUCCGGACCACACCAAGCGCACGCAAUGCCGAAAGCUGAGGAGCUGGAGAUAGAAACUCAAAAGGAGGUUGAAUCUACUAACGCUGAGAGACUGCAUAGCUCAUAUUCUUUAACUGAAGAAGAAACAGAAGAGCAACAACCGUUUACAGAUGACUAUGAUAUCGAAAAUACAUACUCUAUCAACACACUAUUAAAUGAUCCGAGACUACGUUACCUACAAGUCUUUGCAGAGCAGCUCAUCAAGGACAUGAAGCAAGUUUCCGAUAAAUUUUGUUUCGGGAACAUUGAGGCAGGAUAUCUUGACCCUGUGCUGACGGAAUUUGCAUGCAAACUAAAUAGCGAGUCCACAAACGCAUUCCAACGGGAGGCAUCAAAUAUGAUCCAUAGAAUGCGGAAGAAGAUCAUCGAACUUCUAGUCCCUCGUCCGCUAGACCACGACACUACUGGAAAUCAAGGUGGCGAAAGCAGUUUGAGUGAGGAUGAGGACCAAGAUGGGUUCUUAAAUCGAACAGCAUCGAUAAAAUCCAGGACAACGGUUAUGCAAUGGAUUGAUGACGUUGGAACAGCGCCCCAUGCGGGCGAAGAAUUGGGCCCGUCCACAGAAGAUGACCCUGUUCAGGACAAUAUUAACCACGAACACGGCUCGAACGAGCCGUUGCUCCAACAGGCACACAGUCUUGAGAUCCUUUCUCGACAGCCGCACUACGAGCAAUACAUCAGAGCGUCCGAUGCGUACCAGUGGCUUAUAACUACAAUUUGCCAGCACGGCCUUCUGACCUUUCAAGUACCAAAUACGAUGCUGGAGAUAAGGACGAAGAUUCGAACCCAGCUACGUGCACAAGAAUCGCCGCGCAGAAUGAGCAGUCGAAAGCCACUAUCUGCGGUGAAGAUGACAUUCUGCUUUAAUUGGGACCUGGAUCGUUCCAUGCGUGAUGCAGGCUUUUCUCCCCCGUAUGAAGAUGCACUGGGAAGAAUGGUUUGCUUAACGGGGUCAUGGAAUGAAGCGCAGGCUACGACCGUGAGGGACUAUAUGGAUCAAACUUGGCCUCGAUCUGGGCAUGCUCUAAUCACUCUAAUACAAACCCUUCUAUCAACUCCCGAGGGUCAAGAGUGUUCUUACCAAGCGCAUGAACCCAUGCCAUCCAAACACAGGAGUGACGUUAGAGCGACACGACUUACAGCCUGUGUUCAAUCUCCAUCCAUAUGCUGCAUUUCAGUGACUGGAGGCCUAUAUUUUGUAUCCGAGAUCGGCGAACAAAUUGGAUGGUUAGCCUCAGUCUUGCAAUCUUCUUCGGAUCAUCACGGCCCAGUCGCGUGCACCCCUAGUGUCAAUGAUCUCCGGGUGCGCGUCCAGGAUGAAGGGUCCCAUGGACUGACGGUAGUCGGGUCGUGUAACCUAUCUUUUGACUUAGAAACAGCAGAUAUAUCAGAACUAAGUCCUGGAUUCUGUUGGGGUCGCCUAUUCUGUAACCCUGUCCUAGUGCGCGGCUAUCCAAUUCUUCGAAGGACGCAGCCAAACACGGGUCUCGAGAUGUCUCUGGUCGACAUGGCCGCAAUCAUUGGCUCCCAGCAAGUAGUGCAGUGGGGUGAGCGGGUGAUUAUCAAAGGUUUCAACAUGCUCAUGAUCGCAACAAUGGCAGCGGCCGAUAUCAUCGUAUGGCAUCUCCUCGUCAGUGAACAGCCGGAAGAGCGGAUUUCAUAUGUUGACCCUCGACUCGAUACUCUGUAUGGCGAGGCUACAAAGGAUAUUUCUCUUAGAAUUCUUGAAGAAAGACGCCAUGUUAUCGGAUGGUGCUCUAAAGUCACCGAAUUAUGCGGCGAUGCAACUGCGAAUCUAAAUCUUAAGUCCUCAGGAUUACGUGGGCCACCACCGUCUAUCGUUAUUGACCGCCUAUAUAUUGGAGUAGGGACUGGCAUUGUCCGUGCUGGUGUUAGAAUGGGCAUUAAUCAGCAACCGAAGCCAUCUUAUCUUAACCGAGAGAAGGACUAUCCUAGGCUUCUCAGUUGGGUUGCCGUACAGCCCAUCGUUUUCUACGAUGUAGCUGAUCACCGGGGUUGGCUCACCGACGGUGCUUCUGCACUACUUCAUCUUGUUCAAGUAUCCCUAUAUCUAGACAAAAAUAAUCCGGUGUACAAUUGGGUCUUCGACGCUACGAAGUUCAAGGACAAGUGGGAUGGCCUUACUGGAAACCAAGCAGCCUUGAAGACUCUGGCGAGUUGGGACAAUCUCAAUUUGAAUCUCUACGUUGCUCGCGAGCCAUGCCGCAGUGGGGGGGGUGGAAACGAGACCGAAUACACCACCCUCGAGACACGAGUCAAGGAGAUAUUGCACUCUAUUGAGAUACUGGUUGACAAGCAAGCCGACCGUAACUCACAGGGCGGCAUUCGGAUUCGGCAAACGUUGGACAUUCGAAGCGAUAUUAUCGGGUUUGAUAUCAAAGAUAUCGUCGGCCCAUGCAGUCCUAUCGACUUUCGUAUCAAUCACAUUGAUUCAUGGGGCGGUGGAUGGGUUGAUAUAAUGACCUCUCUACACACGAUCACCAUUUUUGGCCGAGGGUUUGGUGACCUGAUUAGCCCUGAAGAGCCGCACGCUCUGUGUAGCGAGUGGAAAUCCGUACCUAAAGGGAAAUAUUACUUGGCUGCUUCUGUUUCAACUUUACAGAUGCUAUACGACGAGCGCCCCGAGAUAAUGAGCAAGGUUGUUUGGCUCUCGCCAAACCACCCAUUCAAACCUUGCGAGUGCUUCCAGAGACGUACAGGCAAUACCAAAUAUGGAGAUUUCCACACUGAUUUUGUACAAUGCCUCACUGCCAGAAAGUUAUUGAGGUUACGCCUCGGGCCUCGCGUGUUGGCACCUGUGGGCGUAAUGGCGCUCGACAAGAAAGGAGCUGUAGUUUUCGGGCAUAUCCACCAAUACUUCAGUGGCAGGAGCGACGGCAAUAAUGUAUUAGAACAACGAGAUGAUGAUAACUUGGACACAGCAUCUAGCGUCAAGCUAAGCAGUCGAGGAACGUUGCGGUCUUCCUCGGCAAAUCCGGCUGCAAGCGAGUCAGUUAAAUCUGCAGGGUCAACAAGCAUCACAACGCCGAGUUUGGAGGCGUCUCUGAAUGUCGAAGUGCAGGAAGAGGGGAAUUCGCGGAGAGAUGUCACCGAGAGGAGUCAUAAAAAGGGUAAAAGAUUGAGGAACUUCAUUAAAUUCUGGAGGUAAAUCGAUUUCCUCGUCCAAGGAAUGGGUUGUCGAAGGGCCACGAUGAAGGCGUCUGGUUUAGGAAGAAGGAAAUUACAAAUAGUUGAGACUAUUGUCGGCGUAUUGGGACAUAGUAUGAGAUCAAGUAUUUGUAUCCCUACCAUCGCUUCUAUGAAUCAUCUGCCCGUUCAUCCAUGAGUUCUAGGAUGAGUUUUUGAGUGAGCCUAAGCUGCCCUAUUUACUACAUUCAUUUAAUAUACAGUACACUUAAGAUUUGCUGAGG